GGAGAGAUGAGCUAUACAUAAUGUAUUUACAUCUUAGUAUAUUUGGUCUAGCAAGAAAAUACAAAAUGGGCUGGUUGGACUAACUAACUAUACAAAAACCAAUUAUAUUUUCUCAGCUUAAACGAAAUGCUUGAAAAAGAACAUAAAAAGCCUAAAGGCAAAUGAUCUCAUAAUCAUGGGCUUACCUGAUUACAAAUCUAAAAUGACAAAAACACAAAUCUAUAAUAUUUGUAGAGUUUAUAUUAUAUUACCAUAAAUCAACAGUCUAAUUCCACAAUAUAUUUGUCUCAUCAUUUCCAUAUAUUCUAUAGGAUUUUUUAAAACAUAUUUAGUGAUCAAGAACGUUCUACAAAUCUAAAUCAAGGAAGCGGCGGAUAUUUAGUUUUUCGUAACGAAUCAUAUCCACUAAAUCUCGCAACUCUUUACUAACCUAACAAAGCUGUCGUAUUCAAAAAAAUGAAAGCAACGCCACGUAUACAACGAUAUUUGGGGAGGGCAACAAUGAAACGUUGCACAAAGGGGAACAAAGAGUAAAGACCGUUUUUAUAGCUAAAUCCCCCAUAUAAUCUUUUUAUUCUCACAAAUCAACCCCAUUAACUUGUAAAUUACAGUUUUUGCCCAACAUUGGUUACUUAAGUGUUAAGAGUCAAGACCUAACAGGGGAAGUCGAUUGAUAAUACAUUAAUAGUUUACCAAAAAAAAGAUAAUAAAUUAAUAUUUUAUUAAAGAAUAUCUCUUUUUUUAACGAUUAAUAAGCUUUAAAUAACACUGAUACUGUUAUGGUAUCCAUCAGAUUGAAAUGUGAAUGGCCUAGUCUCUCAAUAAUAACAUUUAUAGUGGUGUUAUAGAAUAAAAUAAAAAUAUAGGGGUGUACUUGAAAAUCCAGCUAGGUUAAGGAAAAUAUUUUAUAAAUAAAAAUAAUUAAAAAAGACAAUAAUAAAGUCGAGAGCUUUGCAAGGUCAGCCUUUGCUCAAUUUUGCUUGGAGAGCAAAGCAAAACACAAAAGCUUGAAGCUUUCACAUUUGACGGCUACAGAGGGAGAAAGAAAAACUCGAUUUCUUCUCUCCUUUUGGGUCACCAGGGGAACACGAAGCAAGACGAAGGAAGUCAAACUCCACACCAUUUUCGAAGACAAUGAUUCGUGCAAAGCAGAUUAGUAAUCUUUCCAGUACAGCGAGAUCCUUUUUCCUUGGUGGAACAAGAUCUGGUGCAGCUGAUGGGAACUCUUGUACAUCCGCCGACGAUGAAAGCUCCGUCUUGAGACGCCAGCAAGCCAGAAAUGAAGCUGUACUGACUGGGAAAAGAGCUUCCACUUUAGCAGCUGGACUAGCUGGAAAUGUAUUACCAGUAGAGGCAAAGGCUGAACAUUUCCACCGACCAUCUCUUCUUCCCCAGCAUGUUUCCUCUCCUGUUUUGCCUGUGAAACCAGAUUCUGUAAAUCAUGCUUCCGUUGUCGUUGAAGAAGACGCGGUGGCACCUAUUGGUAUUGGAACUGUGAACUUCCUGUCGGAUAUAGCAAACUAUAAGAUCCCUCUAACCGAUGGAGCUGAAGCCGUUGGUUUGUCUAAAAGCUGUAUUGUUGACUCUUCUCGGCCUAUUACACAUGUGAAGCCUUCAAAUGUGAAAGUCAUCAGAAGAGAGGAUCUCUCUAAAGUCUACCCUAAGGAAGCUGAAAGAUCUGGCUUAAGGCAACCUUCAAGUGAUGUGGCAGGGAAGCCUUUUGAACCUCAGGAUUUACAGACAACAACUAAUAUCUCUGGAAAGAGGAAAAGCAUGCCGCAAAGAACCAACGUUGAUUCUGGUGGUUGUGACUUUAACGUGCAUUCUUCUGAUGACAGGACCAUGAAAUUUCCAGCUGAAGGUUUCAGAAAACCCUCAAGGGAAAUGAUGAGAGUGACAACACCUAGGCAGCAGCAGCAUUGUAACUCUGGAUACGUUGUGGAGAAUGUUUCUAAUAUAUUGCGGAGAUUCAAAUGGGGACCUGCUGCUGAAGAGGCCCUUCACAAUGUCGGCUUGAGGGUGGAUGCAUACCAAGCAAACCAAGUUCUCAAGCAGAUGGAUAAUUAUACUAAUGCGCUUGGUUUCUUCUAUUGGCUCAAAAGACAACCUGGGUUUAAGCAUGAUGGCCAUACUUACACCACAAUGGUAGGUAACCUUGGGCGUGCAAAGCAAUUCGGUGAGAUAAACAAGCUUCUCAAUGAGAUGGUUAGAGAUGGAUGUCAGCCUAAUACCGUUACAUAUAACCGUCUUAUCCACAGCUACGGCCGUGCGAAUUACCUCAGAGAAGCUAUGAAUGUUUUCAACCAAAUGCAAGAGGCGGGAUGUGAGCCUGACCGUGUAACUUACUGUACUCUUAUUGACAUCCAUGCUAAAGCUGGGUUUCUUGAUAUCGCCAUGGACAUGUAUCAGAGGAUGCAAGCGGCGGGGCUCUCUCCUGAUACUUUCACUUACAGUGUGAUAAUAAACUGUCUUGGGAAGGCUGGACAUUUACCUGCUGCCCAUAGGCUCUUCUGUGAGAUGGUUGGUCAAGGAUGUACUCCUAACUUGGUCACAUUCAACAUCAUGAUAGCGUUGCAUGCCAAGGCGAGGAACUACCAGAGUGCGUUGAAGCUUUACCGUGACAUGAAAGGUGCCGGGUUUCAGCCUGAUAAAGUGACUUACAGUAUAGUCAUGGAGGUGCUUGGGCACUGUGGAUAUCUAGAGGAAGCAGAGGCUGUUUUCACCGAGAUGCAGCGUAAGAACUGGGUUCCUGAUGAGCCGGUUUACGGUCUUUUGGUGGACUUGUGGGGAAAAGCUGGCAAUGUGGACAAGGCUUGGCAGUGGUAUCAAGCAAUGCUUCACGCUGGUCUGCGGCCUAAUGUUCCUACAUGCAAUUCUCUUCUCAGUACUUUCCUUAGAGUUCACAGGCUGUCUGAAGCCUAUAAUUUAUUGCAGAGCAUGCUUGCGCUUGGUCUACAGUCUUCUUUGCAGACAUACACACUGCUCUUAAGCUGUUGCACAGAUGCUCGUUCGAAGUUUGACUUGGGAUUCUGCGGCCAGCUAAUGGCGGUCUCGGGACAUCCGGCACACAUGUUUCUCCUCAAAAUGCCACCUGCAGGUACUGAUGGCCAAAACGUGCGUGAACAUGUUAGUAACUUCCUUGAUUACAUGCACAGCGAGGACAGGGAGAGUAAGAGAGGGCUAAUGGAUGCAGUUGUGGAUUUUCUCCACAAGUCGGGUCUAAAAGAAGAGGCAGGCUCGGUGUGGGAAGUGGCUGCGUUCAAGAAUGUGUAUCCAGACGCGUUGAGGGAGAAAAGCUGCAGCUAUUGGCUUAUAAAUCUCCAUGUAAUGUCGGAAGGAACUGCAGUCACUGCACUGUCUAGGACACUUGCGUGGUUCCGUAAGCAGAUGUUGGUUUCAGGAGAAUGUCCUUCAAGGAUUGAUAUAGUAACUGGUUGGGGAAGAAGAAGCAGGGUCACAGGGACUUCAAUGGUGAGGCAAGCGGUUGAGGAGCUGCUCAACAUGUUCAACUUCCCCUUUUUCACUGAGAAUGGGAACUCAGGGUGUUUUGUUGGAUGCGGAGAGCCUCUCAAGAAAUGGUUGCUUGAAUCAUCAUAUGUUGAGAGGAUGCAUUUGCUCUAGUUGUAGAUUAGUUGUUUUUGUUUUUCUUAUUUUAUAAAGCCUAUUCAAUUAUUAGACUUUGGGUAGUCUCAGUGGCUUGGUUUUUGUAUGUCAUAAGGUUUAAGGUUUAUGGCUAGUGAUGACUGGAAUAUCAUCUCCAGAUUUUUGUUAUCAUGUGGACAUUAUCUCCUCUUGCAAUGGGUUGUAAUGGGAGUAAAUUAAUAAAUCAAUCUCUAAGGGUCAUAAACCCCCAAAUUUAUUAAA